AAAGCCGUCAUCGCACAGACAUCUUGUUGUCAAAAAGUACGUCACUUUCAGAUAUCAGAUUGUAAUAAAGACAAUUGUCCUUUCUCCAUCGGACGCUGUAAAGUAGUUUCCAAUCUGCGUGAACCCUCAUCGUCUUUAUACUUGCCCAAGAGCGUUAUCAUUCAGUGGCUCUCCGCAUGGGGACCCAUACAGCAGCCCACCGUUUCGCUCCAUUUUUUAUGACGGGACGGCUUGCAGACGCAUUGCUAAGAGUUGAUAAAAAUGAUGCGGAAGAUACGGACCCCUUUCAUAUUCCGGUCCAUAGGAUUAUUCUCGCUUCGAGCAGCCCAGUUUUUGACGCCCUCUUUGAAUCGCAGCCUCUCAGUUAUGAGGAGCACUGGAGUGGCCGCUGUCAAUCUUCGUCCUCUGCGCCAGUGGGUGUUUGGCCUUUGAAAGUCCCGAACGAACUGUCUUUGCGGCUGGUGUUGGAAUGGUGUUAUUUUUCCACUCUUUCAGAAGGAUCCCUCACCCCACUCAAUUUUUGGGCGGUGCGGGAUGUCGCAAAUCGUUUAACGAUUGAAGGGUUGGUGCGAUACGUCGACAAAUGGGCGGCUGAGGAACUUGCAAAUGGCCAUUUGUCCCACGCGCUGACUGAAAAUGACUGGGCCAACAUCAUAGUCGAAUGCGUGAGAACCGGGAUUGAAGAUCAACUUUUGGAAACUCUGGUAGUUGCGGCCGUUACAAUGUCUGUCGAUGACUCAAAGAAGGCCGCAACAUCCAAAUCAGCUUGGGAGGUGGCCAAAUACCGAUAUCUGCGUUCUAUCGUCACAAGAAAGGAUGUGACUCUUACUGCCGAAGAAAUUAAACGGUUAUUUACAAGCACAGUAACAUUCACCAAGUUUGGAAUAUCAGAGCUCGUCGAAGCACACGCAGAUCCCGCGCUUCCGAGGGAAAUCAUUGCCGAAGCUUUAAUGCAAACCUUGAUACAGAAGUCUCAGCUCAAUGCCCCCUCAUCCGUGGCCCCAGAAUCAGGGAAACCAAUGCCAAACGAGAUAGUGCUGAUAAAUGAUACGUGCAGUGGUAAGGACGAGGAUGUACCAUUAAUGGAUGCAAUUUCGCCUGCAGUUGAGCCGUCUGUUGGUCCCAUGCAAUCGACGCUGCAAUUUAUAAAAGAUGUGAAGCCGCUCAAGGAGGACCUGCGCCAUCCAGAGACGAUCAGCGAUGAGACACCUAUUUCCGCUGUGCUCGCUAGACUUCGGCAAAGUUCGCUAGACCACAUCCCGCGAUCACUUCUUCUUCCAGCCAGUCAGGAGUCCCCAAAUCGCUCAACCCAAUCUGAGUCGACGCGCACAAGUCCGGCAAGGAAUCAGUCGUGCAAUGAAGCCGAGGAUGACGAGGAGGACUUGGGCGAAGAUACCAUCACGCUGGCUAAUGUACCAGAUUUGACAUCCCAAGUACCGAUAUCCCCUAUUCUUGAUGAAGGUCCAUCGUUUUCGGAUGAGGCGCCCUUAAUAGCAUUACAGGAAUUACGAAAGCAGGUACAAACCCUAAUGGCGCGAAAAAAUCUGCAUGCCCUACCUUCUUCUGACAUGCCUGCGGGCCGACCGCGGAUACCCCAAAUUGACCAUUUUGAACGACCCUCUACACCGACCGUACUCGCCGAAGUCCGUCGUCGACUGGAAGACGUUGUUGAACAGAAGGAUGCGGAAGAUGUGGGAGAUGCCCAUCACCAGCCGAUUGAAAAUGCGCAGCAAACGACAUCAGACCAGUAUACCCGACAAACGUUUCCGGCGGCAUUUGCAAAAAAAUCGGCGCGGCCACAUAUUAAGCAAAUAUCAUUUGCGGAGGUCCCCACAUUUAUAACACCAUCGCCUUUACCCGGAAGAUCGCCGCCGUUUUCACCUGCUACUCCCGGGCAAUUGCUGGGCAUUCAAGAGUCGCCUCCUGAGCCGAUACAACACAACGAGUAUAUUCCUGUCGAAUCAUCGAUGACGUCUGGCAGCAAAAUAAUUUCCAAAAGCGACUUCACUUUUUUGGAUGUCCCAUUAUCGACGGGCAAAAAGCAGUCAUCGACAUUUACAAACGGCAAUACCUCGUUUAGAAUGCUUGGACUUAGAAAGAAACGACGGGGUAUCAUUGAAUUUUUCAAAAACUCUUAGAAUUGUAUUGAAUAUAUUUUAUAUGUAUAAUACAACGGCACCGCUUCUUGAAGGA